AUACCGUGUAUCGCCACGGCAGUGAUGUGGGAGCGGAGGGAUACCGUGUAUCGCCACGGAGCUGAAGAUCGACUGUUUACGGGUGGAGACUGCAAGGAAUUUAAAUCCCCCCCGGGUUGUUACGCUACACGUUAAAGACGAAAUAACAGUGGUAGUUGAUGUGUUUCUUUGGAUUAUUCAGUACAGUUUAAUGUAGUACAUGUGAGCUCGAUAGGCCGUCGGUGUUAGAGUUUUCCAGGGGGUUGUUUUCGCUGUCAGUGGAUGGCCAUGGCGGUGGAGACGCGACCGGAGCUGGUUGGGAAGCGGUUCCUGUGUGUCGGUGGAGACGAGCCGCUGGAUCUCCGGGAUAUCGGCCGCUGGGGCUGGCGAGCUGGGGUCAUCCGAGCCGUUACUCACCGGGACAACAACCAUUCAGAGUUGACGGUGUACGUGGAGUUUGAUGACCUGGAGUGGGAGAAGCGUGAGUGGGUGAAAGUGUACGAGGACUUCCAGGUGUUCCUGCUGGAGCAGCAGCUGGUAUGGGCCAAGAGGAGAGAGGGCACCCUGCUGGUGGAGAACCCCCAGGGAACUAAAGACAAGCACAUCCAGUGGCCAGCUCUGACCAUUUCAACAGAGGUGUUCACUGUUGGAAAUCAUCACUGGGCAGUCUUAGGAGAGAAAAGCAAACAGUCACACUCUGAGCCUCUACUACGAGCAGGCUGCCUCUACUAGCAGGCUGCCUCUACUAGCAGGCUGCCUCUACGAGCAGGCUGCCUCUACUAGCAGGCUGCCUCUACGAGCAGGCUGCCUCUACGAGCAGGCUGCCUCUACUAGCAGGCUGCCUCUACUAGCAGGCUGCCUCUACGAGCAGGCUGCCUCUACGAGCAGGCUGCCUCUACGAGCAGGCUGCCUCUACGAGCAGGCUGCCUCUACUAGCAGGCUGCCUCUA